CAGUGGGUGCUGUGAGGAACACGACUCAGUGACUUGGCUGGGGGUGUGCAGGCUAUUGCUGGAGUAGGCCCGGCGCAUUCAAUUCAUUGAGAAGGUAAUCGCAAAGCACUGGACGACUUUCCACCUGAAAAUAGUUCGAAAAGCCGGAGCACUUAUUGGAGCGAUGAGCCAGUACUGAUGCUUGAAGCAUGAUCUCAAGGAAAACGGUCAUAAUCGUCCUCGUUAUUCUUCCACUAGGACUGGCAUACAGACCCGAGUUUGUGGGCACGGUGAAAAAUGUGACGGUGCAAGAAGGUCGAGAGGCGGUGCUCUCCUGCACAGUGGACAAACUCCGAACAUACAAGGUGGCCUGGGUGCGUGUGGACACGCAGACGAUUCUCACCAUCCACACGACGGUGAUCACCCGCAACCCGCGCGUGACGCUCGAGCACAACGGCCACACCAACUGGCACCUGCACAUCAGCGAUGUCAACGAGCAGGACCGCGGCGCAUACAUGUGCCAGAUCAACACCGACCCCAUGAUCUCGCAGGCCGGCUUCCUGCAGGUGGUCGUGCCACCGAAAAUUAACGACCUGGGCAGCAGCACGGACAUGAUCGUCAGGGAGAUGCAGGACAUCAGCCUGAGGUGCCGAGCGUCGGGCUUCCCUCCGCCGCGGGUGCAGUGGAGGCGAGAGGACGGCGCAGCCAUCCAGCGCGGAAACGGCAGAGACUCCGCUGCGAUGCUGGUGGAGGGUGAACAGCUCAACAUCACGCGCGUCAGUCGACUGCACAUGGGGGCCUACCUGUGCAUCGCGCGAAACGGCAUUCUUCCGGCCGUUAGCAAGAGGGUCGACGUCAAGGUGCACUUCGGCCCGGUGAUGCUCGUCUCCUCGCAGCUCGAGUCGGCUUACGUCGGCCAGCGCUCCAAGCGCCUGCAGUGUGAGACCGAGGCGUACCCCCGCUCCAUCAACUACUGGACCAACGGCGCCGGAGAGAUGAUCGUCGCCAGUGAAAAGUACCAGCUCAAGACUGUGGAGAAAUCUCUGUAUCAAUUAUCAAUGAUUCUCAUUAUCCACCACAUACAGAGAGGUGACUUUCAAAACUACAGAUGUGUGGCCAAAAACUCGCUCGGAGAAGUGGAUGGAGUUAUAUCCCUGGACGAGGAGCCUGCGCCGACGACGUACAGCACUGUGAAGCUGAACCAGAACAUAUACACCUCGCCGGCAGAGUCGCCGGCGGAGACUGCCGCAGAGCGGGAGGAGGUCGUCCCUGCUAGACCGGACCCCCGGUCCGACCGCCAGUGGGAUGGUGUCCGCAGAGGUCCCACGCCGGCGCGGCCGGAGCGGCCACCUCCCGGGCUGGGGAAGCCGGGAGAGGCGUCGGCUGGCGAUAGGUACUCGGUCGAGCGGACAUCUAGCAGGGCGACAGUCACCCAGGACGCCCAGUGGCUACUGGUAGCCAUCGUCGCCGCUGCCGUGGAAGCCUACUGGGGCCUCCGCUAACCGGGAGACUCCGAAUGAAACGCUGUUCCUGAUGCCCACCGUGGUGAUUGUGCACCGUUCAAAGCGUUACCGAUGAUGAAAUGCAUGAUGUCUAGACUCGUGGUUUUGUCGUGACGUCACUGCAAUCCAUGCACGGGCCCAGAGAGAGUGUAAAGGAGCCACAGGGUAAGCUUCCUAAGCCAAUGCAGGUCUUCAACUGAUUCGGAGAUUUGCAGUGUUUCCUGUUUACGAAUAGCGUUUAGCGGCAUCCAGCAGACAGAUAUUAACUAUCUAUGGUUAUGCGAGUGAGUUGUGAGUUAAAAAGCAAGUGAGUUAUAUCACAGUGCGGGAUUGGGGUGUAUAUGCAGGCCACACAUGUGGCAACGCCACCCUUCCUCGGCUGAUGCAUCCAGUCCGUUUAAAUGGAUGAGCCUGUUUCCUAGGGUCACGGGCAAUGAAUGUCGCUAUUUGCAUCGGUGGGCUUUUGGAUCCAUUGGAACGGUAAUAUAGGCAUUUGGUAUCAUGGUAAAAUAGCGAAAAUGCUAGAUUAUGGGAACAUUAUGUGGAUAUUUGAUAUGCAGCUCAGUUAUAAUUUCUCUCGACAAUUAGCACGAGUUAAUUUCAAAUCAUAAAGCAAAGCGAGUGUCCACCUCAAUAUCAAUGUCUGAUGUCACGACCCAGCCAAUAAGUUUUUGAAAACUGUUUUGGAAGCAGGCUAGCUGCCAGGAGCUGCAGUUCGAGUCGUGCACGACUGAAAAUAAGUUGAGUCGUCGUGCAUUGUUCAGUGUUGACUACCUAUAUUUGUUGACGACGAGGUCGUUUGGUGAGAACGGAUGUGGCAGUGUUUUCCGCCGUGCUCAGUCGGGCUUUGUGAAAGCACGAAUGUUUGAUGGUGAGUGUGCAUGAGUGCGCAAUAUGUAUUAUGUAGCGUAGUCACGGGUAUGUGCAAUGUGGAUUCGACUGCAGGAGAAUGGAGGACUGAAUAUUCGGCGCUGCUGUCCAUCGCUGUACGGUCCACGAUGAACGUUGACCGCGGGUAUCCCGGCCUGGAAUGCUACUUUACUUACCGAGCGCAAGAGGUGAUUCAAUACACUGUGCUGGCCGGGAAAGUUGUCACAA